GCGGACAACAUCGCUCCAUAGCCGGUGCAAUUAACCGAGUUGAAUCAAGUUAAUCCGAGCCACUUCGCAGGGGGACGCAUAUUCGACAAAUAUUUUGGGUUUUAGUCUUGAAAUUAACCGCCAGGCCUUUUCGCUAUUGGAAGACUGGGAUGUCAGCGAGGCUUGUCUGUAUAGCAAUUGGUUAAAAUGAAGUUUUCUGCAAAUCCGUGAAGCCGAACCAGGAAGAGCAAAGCACAUCGCGCAGGCAGCCACCGUCCUCUCUCUCUCCACUCCCCAGCUCUCCCCCAGUCAGUACAGAGAUCAGUUCAGCCAUCACACCAGUCCAGCACUAUUUCGACGCUUCUCCAGGCAUAGUAUGACGGAGUCGUCGGAGUGUGCCUAGUGGUGCAGCAUGUGAUGACCCACGCCCAGAACAAAGGUUCUCUUAGCCAGAGUCGUAGCACAGUGACGCAGGAACACUGCCCCGAUAGGCCACAUGGUGAGACCAUGGGCGGGGCCUGGCCUGAGCGCACGCUGCGAUUCGGCAGGACCAUGAAGAAGGGCGGAACUAAGCGAGGAAGGGGCGGGGUUAAAGAGAUGAUGGACAGGAGGGAGAAGACUCCGGAGCGGAAUAGGAGGCGGAGCAGGAAAUCUUAUCCCUUACGAGGAAGGGGAGGUGCUCCAGAGGAGGAGGGACUUAGCUGUCACGUUUUGCUCACCCGACUGGAGAAGGACAUCCAGGAGCAGGAGGACACCAGUGAGAGGGGGAAUGAUUCGCCAACUCAACCGUCCAUCAAACCUGAAUCCCGGAGCAAGAAACUGAACAAAGGAAAAGACAAAGCCAAGGGGAAAGUCCUGGCAAAGAAGAUGAUACCAAAAACUAAAUCAAAAAGCACCAGUGAUGAGCAGGGGUCACCAUUUCCAGAGCCGCGUAAGCGACGGCUAGCUUCUCUCAACGCUGAGGCCGUGAACAGUCUGCUGUUGGAGAGACCUAACGAGACCCAGCCGGCUUCUAAACAGGCCAGGAGACAGCAGGAUGAGCCUACCAGCGGUGAGUCGUUCCUGGGGACAGAUGCAGCCAGGCGCGGGGUGACCGGCAGUCCUAAUGCUCCAAGAGCCAGCAGCAAGGCCUCCGCAUCGCACAAGCCUGACCCGUGCCAAAGCUCCAGGAAGACUAAGAAGGUCUCCAAGAAACCGGCCAAACCAGACAGAAGACAGAAGAAAGAGAUGAUGACUUUACAAAUGUUACACACCCCUGCUCCCCGACGGCUAGCUGGACUCAACGCUGCCGCGCUGCUAAAGUUAACGAGCACCUCGGCGACUAGCAAACAGCGAGUGAAAACGACAUCAACGACUACGACGAUGGACUGCAAGGCUACGAGCACCGCAUCAGUUGACGUGAAGCAGAAGCAACUGCAACGGCGACCGAAUUUUAAAACGUGCAGCCGCCAGCCUAAGCAGAAGGGAAGGCAGUUGAUUCCAGAAGAGGUAGGCUGUUCUGCCUGCAAGAAGUCCAACUUCAAGAAGCCCAAAGUGGAGUGGGAGUCUGGCGGUUGCACCCACCGGCUAACCAAACCAGGCUACCAGUCGCGCAGCAUGCUAGCCUACCCAUUGAAACCCGUCGUCAAAGAGGAGCAGGUGGAGGCAGAGCUGAGCCCAUACUACUGCUGUCCCCCGGAGGGCUCUGUGGAGUACUGCCAUCGCCUGGCCUUGUUCCUGGGUCAGCAGGCCUACGCCGACUCUGAAGAACGACCUUUAAACUCUGCCCUAACCUCUGUGAAACGGGAGUGCCUAGUGACGUCACCCUCCCAUCCCCACUCCCACGCAGCCCUGACCCUCAGCCCCCACCCCUGCCUCUGCACCGCCGACCCCGCCUGCUUCUCCAGCUACUACGUCCACAUCGCCCAUCCUACACACCCUGGAGCUCCGUCAGCCAACCUCAGCUCGCGACCUCUGAACUUUGGCGCCUCGACACUGUGUCCCGGCAGGGUGUCUGGCUCCAAGCUGCUGGGUCCUCCGGUGUCCCAUUCCUCGACGCUGGCCCAUCCUGCCUUCUGUGGCUCAGUGGGCACUCCCUGCUACAGCGAGGCCUGUCGGGUCAGCGGCUACACAUACAGAGCCAUGCAGCCGGUCAACAGCAGGGGUUGCUCUUUCUCCACAGGCUGCUCCGGGUGUACACACAGCAUCAAGACCGAGGGUUACUCCUCCCCCCAGGGUGACCACAACCCCUCCCUUCUGGUUUCUCCCUCACUCCCCGUCUCAGGCUGUCCCCUCCCUACCACCCCGUCCUCCACCCAGGCCAAGCCCCGUCUCCUCACCCCCCUGUCUGACCGCAGUGUGCCCCAGGCCAGGCUGAAGCUGGCCAGGGAGUGCCCUCAGGGCUCCAAGCCCCCUAACGGCUCUCUGUCCAUGGGGAGAACCAGGCUGUCCCAGAAACAGCCAGCUCCGACACACAACCUAUCUCCCGCCAAGCAGAAGCGGGUCAGCCACCGACGGGCCACCAACGGGUGGCUGCCUGUAGGAGUGCCCACAGAGAAAGAAGUGUUCAUUGCGGGGGAGGACGAGACGGCCUUACGGCAGUGUUAUGAAGGAGUACAGAGAGACGGCGAAGUGAUACGUGUCCGAGACACAGUGCUGCUGCGCGCCGGUCCCCGGAAGAAGUCCCUGCCCUACGUCGCCAAGAUAUCAGCACUAUGGGAGGACCCCAAAUCUGGAGAGCUGAUGAUGAGCCUGUUCUGGUACUAUCGACCUGAACACACACAGGGAGUCCGAGACCCCAGCAUGCACUGUGAGAAUGAGAUUUUUGCAUCUCGGCAUCAAGACGAGAACAGUGUGGCCUGCAUCGAAGACCGAUGCUAUGUUCUCCCAUUAGCGCAGUACUGUCGAUUUUGUGCCUUGGUGAAGCGGCGUGCAGAGGGUGUGCCCCCUGGCGCUGCCAGAGUGGUCCCCUGCCCCUCAGACUUCGACCCCCCCGACCACCGCCAGGUGCCCGCCGACAUAGACCCUGAACUGGUGUACCUCUGCCGCCACGUCUACGACUUCCGCUACGGACGCAUCCUGAAGAACCUGCAGUAGGGGACAGCAGAGGACAGGCAGACAGACCAACCGUAGUGGAGCACACGCACUCCUUCACAUGGGACUGAAGGAUGAGAGGGGGAACCCCUGAAGGGUUUUGGGGGUCCCCUGAACUGGAGGGAGGGCUGCUGAAGGAUCAAGUAUUGGAGGGGGACCACUGAUAUCUGAAUCCCCAGAAUGGCGUUGAAGGAGUGGGUACUGAAGUACCUUACCCCCUUUUACAACUGUUACUAGGGAGGUGAAGUUUUGACCCCCUCAACUGGAACUAGAACUGUACUGGCUUGGACAGAAGGGAGAGAUCUGCUAGCUGUCCUGGUUAACCAUGUCCUGCUAUACCAGGGCUCAUCACCAUGUGCAUGGACAGCCAUGUUGGUGACCUAACGAGGAAGAACUGCGCUACCAGAGCCACACACACACGGCUCGUCAUGACGUUGAUGUUAGAGCCUGAUGUGAUGACAACGUUCUUCUUCAUUUGUGUUUGUCUCUGAGGCAGCUGUGAUCCAGAGGGCACUUGCAGCUUGAACACACACACAAUGAGGUUUUGUGUGUGUGUGUGUGUGUGUGUGUGUGUUCAGUCUGUUGGCUACAGUGAAACCACAGGUGCAGGUUCACAAAGGAAGUGGAAGUCUCACCUUCCCUUCCUGUAUUGUCCGAACAGAACACACUAUUCUGAAGUACCCUCAGCGCUGGCUGAGUCUCUAAUCAUACCCUAUUCCCCAUAAAGUGCAUUACUUAGCAGAUAAAUGUUACUGUAUAGCAGGGUUCCCCAAUAGGCAGCCCCCCAAGUUUUCUGAACAAAAUUAUUUUAUUUAUUUAUUUUUAAAUAUUGAUUGUUGUGGGACAUAAAAAAACGGUAAAAUCAGCUCAAAGUGAUUUUAAUUUAGGAAAUCUGUCCUCAAGUAUUCCCACUCAUAAAUGGAGAUGAUCAUAUCCCAGUGUAAUCAAAGUUUGAAAUUAUGUUUUUGUCAAAUACUAUAUCUGUUUGGGAUACUUGUGGUCAAUUUGCAGGGUACAAAUAAUUUAUAACCAUCUACUGGCUCUCCGACCAUCCGGUUAAGAAGAAAUUGUCCCCGGCUGAAUGUAAUUGGGAACCCCUGCUGUAUCGGGCUUUGGUCAAAGACAGGGCACUAUAUGAAGAAUAGGGUCAUGUGAGAUUAAAUCCCCCCCGACCCCCUUUUUCUGUUCCUAAGAACAGGACUGUCGUCAUGCUUUUGUCCAACGGUCCAAUGGAGAGCCCCCUUACUGUGGAGGGCUAACCUCUCCCAUGCUCUGCAUUGGCCUAUCAGAUGGAUGGUUGUUGAUGUCAGUGCCCACAUCUUUGGAGUGUUCAGAAGUCUGAAACAUUCCAGAACGUUCAAAUGGAUAUGUAACGUAUUGCAGAGACCAUUGCUUACUAUACAUGUCUAUCUUAACUUUCUGUAAUGUUGCACUCUCCUGAACGCGACCCUGUUGUUCCCAUGACUUGCCUUAUGACUUGCAGGUAGAGCUUUAGGCAGCUAGUCCCACCCAAUUAGAAAUUGGAUGAGUAGAAUGGAAAAAGUACAAAACCACAGACAAAAUCCACAUAGAUUUCACCCCGGUCAACACUUUGCCAUUGUUGUUUGAGUAUAACACUGAGAAAGGCUUGGUUUCCUCAGAGAUUCCCGAGUGAUAAGCAUUUUAUUCAACAUUACAACAUGGUACAUCCAAUAUGGCUGCUGGUCCACAUGUUGUGGAUCUUUGUCCAUUCUACUCAUUCUACUUCUAUCCCCCCAUCCCUUUCCAUCCUUCGAAGCUCCGCCCUCUCCAAGAUAAACCAAAGGAUGUCACGAAGCAGAGCACCACCACUCCUCUCCUUCUUCUCUUGUCCUCUUCCCUCCUCUCGUCUCCUCCCUCCCUUGUUAGAUUGCACUAAUCCAUUACUGAAUUACAACGUCUAUGAUUGUGUUCUGAUUUAUGUUAAGCUACUAAUAUGUUAUAUUAUAACUGGGGACAAUACUGUGUAUUAUCACUGUCUGUGCGCUUAGUAGAGAAUGGAAACUAAGGCUGUGUCAUGGCAACUUUUAUCAAUGCAUAACUACUUUAUGUGUUUUACUAUUAGAGACAUCCGCCAGCAUACUAUCUAUGUGUUACUUCAGGGGUGAAUGACCUUACUCCUAGCGAGCUACUGGGUAUGCAGGCUUUUGCUCCAGCCCUGCUCUAAGAACUGAUUAGUAAAAGCAGGUGUGUUAGUUGGAGCAGGGCUGGAGCAAAAACCUGCAUACUCAGUAGAUCUCCAGGAGGAGUGUUGGUCACCUCUGGUUUAUAUGUUACCUGCUAUCCAACCAACCUAUCAUAUCAUCUAAUGAAAUAAUAUGUACAAUGAAAAAUCAUUCCUGUAGAUUGUGGAUCCACACUGGUAUUAUUGUUGUUCAUCCACGCUGUCCAGGGGGUUCAGGUGAGUUGGCAUCUUGGUGUAACUCGCUGUGCGGAAUGACGUAAUGUGAUGUUCCGGAGGUUUGGCUUGGAAUCUCUGAAAAAUGUCCUUUUGAUACGCGUUAUUGAGAUGUGUUGGUUUUUAACCACAAUCAUUCAACAUUGCCUUGUAACCUUCUGCAGAAGUGUCUGUCCGUCACGUGUAGUCCUAGACAAGCGGCAGUGUCUGACUGAGUUAGUACUUCUUAAAACACUACCUUGGAUUGCUUUCUUACUGUGCAAAUGUUCUAUUGCUGGACUUUGUGCCUAAUCUGCAAAGUUUUGAAUAAUACCCAAAAGCCAUCUGAAACAUUUUCCAUUAUAACAGUUUGAAUCAUACCCCAAAAUAGCGACUAAACAAAGCUUGUAUCGGAUAAAUCAUAUAAAGGUUUAAAUUUAAAUAUUAUCAAUAGGUAUUUUGUUGCUAGUGGUGCCCAGAUUCUUUGAAAAAAAUAAUAUAUAUUCUCCUACUUUACAAUUUUUCCUUAUCGAAAAUAUUUUAUUAUGUCAAUUUCUUAAGAUGGCAUAUGCAAUAUAUUUUUCAGAGGGACUAUUUUUGACAAAUGUAUGUGUAAAUCGAGGAAGUAAAACUUUUUCAUUUUAUUUUAGCUUAGUUCUGAAUUUGAAUCACAAGUCAUAAAUUGAGAUUUGACCAAAAACCUGGAAGAUGAGAAAUGGGAAGGGUUAGGUUAUGUUCUGGUUAAUUUCUGACUAUAAGGGUUGGUGCAAGAUCUGAGGUCCCUACCUAAAAGAUGUUGGUUACACUUGAUUUUACAGUCCAGUAUUCACUUGGGCCCAGAUUCACAAAACACUUCAUAAGAUUGUCAUAAGUACAAUUCCUCAACAAUAUCUUAAGAUUUAAUGAUUUUCUUACGAACUUCUCAAAUAUCUUCUUACAAAUCAUCUUUAAAUGUUUGUUGCAAGGCAACCGUUUUAACUAGCUAUCUAGCUUGUAUGCCAAUGAUGUUAGCAUAUUUCUUCCUGAGAUUACUGUUCUAAAACAUGUUUUGGGGUUUAAAAUAAUACGUUUGUGUUAAUUAAACAUGUUCAGUAACUUUCAUGAGCUUUUUCUCUCACUGCCCUGAGUUUAAGACGAGGGUUUAGCCAUCUUGGAAUUAACAUUUCCAGGAACUUUUAUUUUAAGAAUUUAACUUUUUACAUAAGAAAUUGCGCAAGAAAAUUUCCAAUAACCUUUUUGAGGAAGAAAUGUCUUAAGACGGUUUUGUGAAUCUGAGCCCUGGUAUUUACUUUGAAUUUGCAUGGUUAAAUGGCAGUUAGUUACCUAAUAUUUACUAAGUAAUUACAUUUUAGUUUCUUAAGGAUUCAUUGGAAAAAGUAUAACUUGGUACCAAGUAGUUACCAACCUGAGUUGAAUUGUUUGAAAUAAUGACCAGAAGGCAGAAGGUGCCAUUUGAGACGUGACCUACUCUGUACUCUGCUGUGGUGUUACCACUUAAUAUCGUUCUGAAUACUAUAGAAAUACCAGCUAAAAGAGGACUGUAAAUAGAGUUUUAUGAAAUUAUUAAGUGUACAUAUUUGAACCCUGACUCUGUGACCCCUGACCCUCUGUAGACAGCAAUUGCACAGUGCAGUAGUAGUAUUUUUUUGCAAGACCUGUAGCUGAUGAUUAUAUUUAAAAAUGAAUACAUAAAUAUUUAAAUGGAGUAAACCAAUACAAUAUAUAAAGAUUUCAAUUUAACUUAUUUGGAUGAUGUGUUUUAAUUGAAAAAAGUCCUCUUGCUAAGACUUUCGUGGUCAAUAAUGAAAAACAAUUGGUUUCUUGUUAUUAGUAAUUUAUGAGUUUGGAUAUUAAAUGAUUGAAUGGAGAUUCACAGAGGUUGUAGUAGUUUGUACUUAUAUAGCUAGCGGUGUAGAAGGUUGUUUCUGUAACAAGGCUAUAUUACUGCCCAACCAGACAAUGGCCAGUCCCGGUUGGCUGCAGCAGAAACAGACUGGCACCAGAGUGGGUUUCUAUCUGGAGGUGCCACUUGGCAUCAGGGGUAAAGAAGACCAAAGCACAUUCUGACACAAAGUUAGGGGAGGUAGAUGUUACACUCUAACCACUGAUCCAGGAUCAGAUAUGUCCUCAUCCCCCUGUUUGUUAAGGUUAGAAUUGUGGUUGGAGGGUGAAUCUAAGCUGAUCCAAGAUCUGUGGUUUAGAGAGUGAAGUGUCUACAUGUCUGACCUUAGGGUUUGACGUCUGGGAGGUUGCCAUGGUAAUGGGUGUCACCUGAGCCCUCCCCUCAUCGAUCUAUCCAAUUAGAGGACAGAGUCACUCUACACCUGAGACGGCCUGGCUAUAGGACGAUAAACUUUAUCUUUCUGCGGUGUUCUGUCUAGUGGGGUUUUGCUGCUGAUAUUUUUUGUGACGUGGUAAAUUGUCAUUUUGGAUUUUGACUUAGUCAUAUUGUUUCAUGGGUAGAUUCACAUGAGAGAGUUGAAGAUACACUCUUGACCUGAUCAGCUGUUCUGCACCAUCAGCACACAGACAGACCCACCAUGGCUUUACUCCCAGACAUGUAUUUACAGCAUUGAGCCCGUAGAGGGCACUACAUGAACGGAAAUUGGGUUUCCCACUGACAACUUUAGAAUAGAACACCCUGGCUAUGUCCCAAAGCUCUUUAACAUUUACUUUCCUCAUCUCCUUUCAUUUAUGUCACUGAGGAGGGGGGAAUGAUAUAGUAUAGGUGUUGUGUGAUAUUUAACUGUCAAACUUUUAAAGUCCUAUGGCAAGAGAAGUGAGGAAAGGAGAUGGUAUAUUAUGUUUGGGCUAUUGGGACAUGGUCAUGAUAUGUCAUGUGUACCUAUGGUUUCCAUGGUAACAUGGGUCAAAUGUUCCUGACCUCUGAUCUCCACCAUUCCACUUCUCCCUUACCCAGGAGGUGUUUUUAUCUCUGCACCAAUUGAAACGAAUCACCCGACCAAUGCCUGAAACUCUGCUUUUUGUGGUCUUCUGUAUUACUGCUAAGUGUCAGCAUAUAUUUUGGUAUAUUUAACAAUGAGGGAUCUAAAAGUCUAGAUAUUUUUGGAGUAGAUAAAGGAUGUGUGUAUCAGAUAACUGUCACUUUGUCAUGCUCUCUGAAAAUCUCUUGGGUUUUUGGUAAGAAUUCUAGAAUCCCUGCUGAUUUAAUGUUCCAUUGAAAGACUAUUUAUAAAGUUUAAGUCCUUUGUGAAAAAUC